AUAACAUCCCUCUCAUUGUUUCACAAGAUUCCCACCGUUUUCAGUUGUUUGUCUUUUUUAUCAGUCACGUUUAGAGUUCUUAGAGGUGGUGUUGGAGUUCCCUUGACAUAUUUUGCAGUUCAUAUUAGAGUAUAACAAAUUAAUGGUCUGUAAUACACAUCAUUCUUAUCUUAUCUUUGAUGUAUUUGCACGUACAUUAAAGGCGCAUUAAACGACGGCUUUUUUAUGAAAGACAAAAAGCAAAACAAAACAGGAAUUUAAAAAAUCAGGUCUUUACACAUUAAAUCGCCUAAUUAAACUGUAUAUGACAUGGAAGUGUAUUUAAAUGAUCUGACUUAAAAUUAAAAGCCUCAGAUGAAAACGGAAGGAGGGAAGGUAGACGCUGUUGCUUAGCAACGGCGUCUUUCUACUAACAAACAUGGCAGACCGCACACCGAGAACCGCGCUACCGCCUUUAAAAAAGCCUCAAACAUCUUAUUCAGAAAGGCCUUCAAGACCGAGACCUCAGAGUAGGUCUUCCUCCGCUCCUUCAAAGAAACCACCACAAAUGGACCUCUUAGCCAAAGAAGAAGAAUACAAACGUCUCAACGCAGAGCUAGAAGCAAAAACAGCAGAACUUGUCCGGGAAGCAGAGAAAGUUAUGAGGGAUCAAAAUGAGGUGCUCUCCAAACCAAUCUCUUCCCACAUCUCCAUUGAUACUGACUGUGAUUUUGAAGUUUCUAGGAAGGCAGAUAGAAAAAAAGAAUCUACAUCUAAGCAGCCCCCUACAAUGAUCAUGAGAAACAAGAACUACUCUGCAAAAUCUUCGAAGCCAAACAAGCCUGGAUCAGGAAGUAGAAAUAAUCCACAAAAAGCGCCACAGACUGUGGUUGAUGAUGUUGCUAUUCCCGAAGACUUUGGGGAUUUCUCACUUGCUAAGACAAUUAGCAAAAUUGAGGACAGAGUUAGUGAUGAUCUCACUGAGGAACAUUUACAGGAUGACAUCAUGCCCAUUGCUGGAGAUGAGAUGGGCGCAGAAGCUCAGAUCAGAUUCCUAAAGGCUAAACUUCGAGUAAUGCAGGAAGAAUUGAACAGAUUCGCAUAUGAAUGCAACAAGAAGGAUGAUGAAAACAGCACUUUAAGCAGCAAACUGAAGGACUUGGAGGAGGAAAGGGCAAGAUUGCAGAGGACUACAAAUGUCCAACAGACUCAAGUUGAGAAGCAAAGAGCUUUAGCUGAAGAAUCGAGUAGGAAAUGUGAAGGACUGCAACAGCAAGUGGCAGCACUGCAAAAGGAGUUGGAAAGCAUGAAGAGGACCCACAAGCAGGCAGCCAGUACCCACAGUGCAACAGAGGUGCGGUUGAACAGAGCUCUGGAGGAAGUUGAGAGGACUAAAACACAACUCAACAAACUCAAACAGAGCAGUAAGGAUUCAACCAGUCAGGAGCAACAAAAGAUUGAAAGCUUACAAGCUGAGAACAGAAAACUGGAACGACAGAAGGCUGAGCUCAUUGUGGGUUUUAAAAAGCAACUUAAGCUAAUAGAUAUUUUAAAACGACAAAAGAUGCAUUUUGAAGCAGCCAAGCUGUUGUCCUUCACUGAAGAGGAGUUCAUGAAAGCUCUGGAUUGGGGAAAGGAUGGAGUCUCAUAGGUUUCUGUUUUGCAUUUUGUAAAUAGAUUAAAAAUAAAAUUAAUGUGUACAACAAACAACUUAAAUUUCAUUCCCUGUUAA